GCGUGGAGCGAUCUUUUGGCAGCUGCUCCGAGUGCACUGCUCUCCCCUCCCCGAUGGGAAUGUCCUGUCAGGCGAAGUAAGUAUCCUGUGCUCAAAUGAAUUGCUUACUUUAUCGGGAAAUGUAAUUUCUGGUGUUUGGGUAGCCAGUGUAGCUGGUCGGUUGCGGCCACGCCGCCAAAAAAAACUUCCAGCCUCGUCCCCAGGGCGCUUUUCCGUAGCCUUGGAGAUGGGGCGCCGCAUCCCCAAAGCCAGGGAAAAGCGCCCUGGGGACGCGGUUGGCUUUUUUGUGGUGGGGGAGGGGGGGGGGGGGGAGGGCGAUCAAGCAUUUUUGUGGGAAAAAUGGAGCAUUAAGGUGGAGCAUUUUAGUGGGGAAAUGAAAGCAUAAUAAACAAAGACCUUACGGGCUACUUCCUAGUAAUAGGCUAAUGGGGAUGUGCCACUGGAUGGGGUCGCAUUUUCAAGACUGGAUUGAAUAUAAUAAAGCUGUAUUUUCUUUAGAGUUCUAGAAUGGGAGCGCACAUUUUUGGGAUUUGGGGGAUCAGAAAAUUCAGGUAGAUAGGGAUUUAAAAAUGGGAAGAUUUUUUACUUCAUUAAAGUUAACCAAUGUGUCAAUUCCUUUUAGGAUGACCUAUUUAAAGGAUUGAUAAGGUAGAUGCAUAAAAAGAAAGUUACUAACUUGGGAUCGCCAAAAUUGCAUUUUCCCGAAAGUGACUAAGAUGGGGUCUAUCAUUGGCCACAGAAUAGACUAUAAUGGGGUAGGGGUUCUGAGACGCCAGCGACACAUACCCAGCAAAAAUUAACCCAAGUACUUUUCCCCUCCCCCACGGGACUUAGUGCCGGUCCCAAAGGUUUCCGUCUUAGGGAGAGGUGACUGUAUAAUUGUCGUGGAUCUGCACUGGCGGUUCAGAGGUGAAUGAGUAAGUUACAUGUAUGAAUCUACUUUUGUGAUAACAGAAGCGAGCUGCCUUGACUCUCUGUCGACGACAAAGGAGGAUUUUUUCUACAUCGACGAGGAAGGAAUGGAAGACCUUCCUGUUUUCUGUAGCCUCGUCAAUGGCGGCGGAUGGAUGGUCGUUCAGCGUCAUGCCGAUUUCGCCCUUCAGUUUAACCGACCAUGGUCAGCCUAUGAGAACGGAUUCGGCAGUUGUAUUGACAAUAUGAACAAUAAAGAUAUCUGGCUCAGCGACGGAUGCACGAGUGAUUUAUGGUUAGGAAACAAGUACCUGCGCAGUGGUUGCGAGUUGGAAGAGGGACCUUAUCAGCUACUUAUUCGGCUUAAAAGAGGAAUUCACCGAGCUCACGCCGUGUACAAGAGAUUCUGGGUCAAACCUCGAGAUGAAAACUACAAACUCUACGUACAGGGGUACACAGGAACUGCAGGGGACUCCCUCAAAGUCCAUCACGAGAUGUAUUUUACAACCAGGGACAACGACAAUGAUGAGGAUCCCAGUCAAAACUGUGCUUCUUCGGGGAGGGGAGGUUGGUGGUAUAAUGCUUGUGGGGAUUCGCAGCUUAAUGGUAAUAGUGAUUCCAAGAUAACGUGGAUCACGUGGUCAGGGACUGGAACGCCAUUGACUGCUACGAGUAUGAUGAUCAAGCCCAACAGAGGUAAAGUAUAUACUUGCUUAGAGAGGUAAGACGUCUAGGUUAGCUGAAUGACAGUAUGGCAGAUUUGUCUGUCAGACACCGCCUCAACACUCAUGGCUUCUUGCUCAGCAACGUUCAUUUCCCAGCCGAUAUAGAACAAAAUUUGUAGAGGCUCCCAGGUAAACGGAGGGUCCCUAAUACGUUUUUCGGGAUCUGGGAUUUGCAAAUUGGAGGCGACAUUCGGAAUUGAAAAUAUGGAGUUUGAGCAGCGACGUUCCUGCACUCUUCAGUAGUGACUUUGAACAAAUUCUUUGACAAAUCGUCUCUUUAAGAGUAAAGACACUAAGAAAUACAAAUUUGGUCGUGUCAAGGCGUUUCAAAAGCGAAAAGAGCCCACUUCCGUUUGACGUGCGUCGCUCAAAAACGUCGCUGCUUAAUGUCCCUAAUAUGCAAGGGAUGCGAAAUGCCGAAAAUAACCAUCGGCAUAACGGGAUUGAGCGAAAAUUUGGGUCGAGAUUGCGGGAUUGAAGAAACCUAUUGGAGACUCUCUAAACUGUGUUGAAGAAGCGACUGUCUAAGCUAUGUUGGAGAAAAUAAGGUAAUUUUCAGACAGUGCCCCAAUUCAGCAAAAGGAAACGAAACGACUUUUAAGGUGAUCAACUGGAAAGUCGAGGAAGAUAGAGUACUUUUCUCUUGAAAAAAAUAUAAUAAUAAUAAAUGAAAAUAAAAGAAAUACACGCGCAUCCCUUAUUUCUCUUUUCUCUUUUCAUAGAGCGAUUGUGGGAUUAUGAAUUGUACUUUGCGAGCAGUUCCACCUCAUUUUAUGUUGGUCCAAUGGAGGUUUCAGAUUUUUUAGAAACAACAGUGUGUUGGUGGAUAAUGUUGCCAAGCACGGGUUCCAAUACAAUGGCUGUGUUUUCACUGACUAAUGACCAAGAUAUCAAUGCCUUCAGCUUUCAUGAUCUGGAAAACCAUAUGGACAUUUUUGUGAAUGGAGACCAAAGAUCCGUGGCUAAAACAGCUGACGUCAGAGGUGACUCACUUUGGCACCAUGUCUGCGUCACGUGGCGAAGCAGUGAUGGUCGAUGGGGUAUUCACGUGGACGGCAACAGAGUUGAAAAAGGCUUUAACCUUUCAAGUGGAGUUCACGUAGCCCCGGGAAAGCUGGUAAUUGGGCAGCAAUGGUCAACGGCUUACAGUUACGACAGCUCUUUCUCCUUUGAGGGCCAUCUGAGCCAUUUUAAUAUGUGGAACAUGGAGAUAGCAGAAGACAAAAUCAACAGGAUGUCACUAAGUUGUGGAGCAGAAGUGGGGAACCUACUUCCUUGGCCGGAAAUGAAAACAUGGAGAAGCUCCUCUGUUUCUGUUAAAAAACCUUCCUCGUGUAAAGUUAAAGGUAUGUUAUCGUAAGUAAGGGAGACUGGAUAUAAAAGACAGCGAACAUUAAAGAUAAAAAACCUCGGUGCUUCAGUUUAUUUUGCGAACUUCUUAACAGUGCACUAUCUCUUGUUUUUAAUCCGUCACAAAUUGUGAUCCCCACGCUCCUGUUGUAAUUCCCGCCCCGGCCAUCACCUCUAAUUGCUCUUCUCGCUAGAGAAAAAUGUUAAAGGUUUCCAACAAACCUAACUACCCAGUGGAAAAUAAGCCAACCUAGCGAUGUUUACUCCGAGAACCCGGUGAAAAUAUAAAUUUCACUGGGUCCGUUACAGGGGAGUGAUCAUUUUCUUUGACACCCUUUAAAACGAGCACCAAUCAAAAACAGAUCAUUUCUCCCGCAUGGGCGGAUCUAAGAAAUAUUUGAUGGAAGGUUCCAAACUUGUGCAUACCAUUGAAAACGUUUGAAUUCGUUCAUCGUUUUUCUAGAGAUAGAACGCUUACUUCCGGUCUCCAAAUAUCCCCGAUUAGUAGGAUUCAUGCUGCCAACCUGAGGACAGGACACGUUAAUAAGGUUGUUCAUUAUUUCUCCAUCGUGAGGAAGUGUCAGGUACGGAGCCCCUGACUCCCCCUGUAUCCGCCACUUCCCCGUCCGUUCCCAAUGGUUUCUCUCUCUUAACGGACACUUUGCUAAAAAGGUCCCUGCCAUUCUUUACUCCCGGUAUUUGACUCUCUACAAGACGUACAUCACUCUUAGACAGACAUUUAGUGCCGACCCCGAAGGUGUCCGUCUUAGAUAGGGUUGACUGUUAUUGGUAAUUUGAUUCUCGCAUAUUGUUUCCAUUUCCUUUACAGAAAAGCACCGUUUGGAUUUCUCUGGCUUCACGUCUAACGGUGGUUUUGCUGACUUGCUGUCAACGCAGGAAGCAGUUAUCUUUUCUGGUGAUGGUGUUGAUACCCACAUGAAAGUUCUCGGCAUACAAGGAAACGCAACAUUGCGGUUUGAUACAACAGGAGAUGACUGUCUUAAUGAACCAAGUCUCUGUCCAGGUGGAUUCGCCGUUAGCUUUUGGCUAAAAAACGAACGUACGUGCCUUUAUUCUGCUUUUUUUCCCUUUUUUUAAAUUUCUUACCUUCGCCAGUCUUGCCAUAGACAGCAUAGCCAAAAGCUCAGUCAGUGACCCUGUCUCGUAAUACCAAGGAAUAAAUAAAACUCUGAUACAGAGCACUUCACUGAUUCAUACUGAUUCGGCGAUUUGGUAAGUAUUCGUUCAUGUUUGGCUUUCCCUGGACAAGUCCAUUGGUGAAUUCUCAAUAGUAGCAAAACAAACGCUCUAAUAUGAGUUAGGGUCUGUAAUCACGAUUUUGACUUGCAAUUACGUCGACUCCACAAGGUUUGUUUAGAUAUUUAAAAGGAUGGGAAUAUCACUUUCUGUUUCAUGCGCGUAUCUUGUGAUCUGCAAAUUAGCAAAGAAAUGGUAUCUAAUGCGGAUGUGCAUAAACCGACUGUGUUUUUUAAUGCAGCAAAGUUCAUUUCCCACAUUCUGGGCGGGAAUUCUACUCUUCAUCAGGACCUCAACAGUUUGCUAUCUUCUGUGACCUCUCCCGAGUCCCGAUGGACACGUUGUUACCGCGCUGUUGACGAUGUUUGGUCAGCCGCUGCAUUUCAUGCGAACUGUGACGAUCGCGGUGCUAGCGUGACGCUCGUUAAAGUGGAUGGAUAUAUAUUUGGUGGUUAUUUAGACCAGUCAUGGGGUGGUAAGUAUGGAAUGUUUUUGGCGUCACGAUUAUUUUGAUUGGUAGAUAACUUACCGAUAUAAAUCGCCAUCGUCAAAGGUUUGUGUGGCCCUUGUCGUUUAUCCCAGGUAAUUCUACGAAUGUCCUUAGAAGGACAGAGUCCUUCCUUUUGACGAGUUCUCCGCAAGAUAUCCCAAAAAAGACGAAAAUUUCAAAUCACCUCUUUUUCUUUAAAUCUUCUCUAUUUAAUUAUUUACUCGUGUGCUCCUUUUUCAGGCGGGGGAUUCAUUGCGAGUUCCUCGGCCUUUCUGUUUAGUUUGCAGAACCCUGAGCGCGCGCAAGCCAUCAAGCUUCCAAUAAACAAUACGCUUCGUGCUGCUCAAAGCGUUCCGCUCCAAGGCCCAGUAUUUGGCACUAGUGAUCUGUUCAUAGGUGACAGAGCAAACGAAGGCCUCCGUUCAUUCAGUCAACUAGGGCUUGAAUACCAGUUACCUUGGGGUAUUGAGACUUCAACUGCAGAGGCGAUAAAUCUCUUGGCGGGGAGUGCUUAUUUCGUCCCUGACGAUGUGGAGGUUUUUGUUUAUGAAGGUAAGUGCCAGCCUGUGAACACUCCAUUUUAGCCUGCGUAGCAGGCGCUUGGAAGUAGUGGGCACAAGAAAAAACAGACCCGCGAGAAGGAGACAUGCGUGUCUCCCUCGUGCGCGCCCAUUCUCUAUUUCACCCACUACUUCCAAGCGCCUGCUACUCAGCCUAACUCCAUUUUUGUUGACUAUAGGAGGAUGUUCCGCCCGAAGGGAAUAUUGUUUUUAGACUAGAGACGUUUCACCACUUGAGAGUUUUGGGAGAUUUCCCCACUUAAGAAGUGAAUGGAAUUAGAUAACUGCCAUCUACGUACGGAGGAGCUCAUUGUAGGGGAUUUGGUGUUAAGAACUUGGAGACUCGAAAGUUGAGACUGUGAGAUUAUUUUCGAGCUUUUAAAGUAUUUUGAGAUUUGACAUAGAAAUUGAUAGGAAAUAUGAUAUGGUGAUAACGGCCAUAAUAGCCUUUAGAUAAUGAAUAGUAUGAUGCUUAUCCUUUUUGUUCUUGCUGUCAUUAUCAUAGACAUACUCCUCGGAGGAAAGACCAACGUCCUUUCAUUAACUGCAGAAGUCGCCCCUUCCACUGGACUCACAAUACAUAAAAUGCCAAACAUAUCUUCGUACGAACUACAUGUAAGAAGCAUGGAAGGUCUUGAAUGGUCUUUAACCACUUACAGUUCCAGCGAGCCACAUGAAUGGGAGCACGUGACAGUCACGUGGCACGACAUGUGGGGUUUAAGGGUAUUUAUAAAUGGCGAAGCAUCAUCGUAUACUAACCUACCCGAGUUUAUUGCGACCGAGGACUUGGUCCCUGCUACUCACAUUAAGAUCGGUGGAGUGUUGGGUGAAAAUGGGAGUGUCACCCCACUGGGUACGAAUCUGCAGAUGUCAGACUUACGCAUAUGGGAAAGAUUUGUUUCUGAAGAAGAAGUGAUGGCCAAUUACAUGACAUCUUGUAAGUAUUAAUUCGUAGCUGCAACCGGCGUCAAACUUACUUUGGGCCAGUUUGCCUGGAUAUAUUUUUUUACUAUCUUAUUCGCGUGUUUCAAGAUCCAACAGGUUCACCAAACAUUUUUCAAUAAUAGUUUUGGGUUUAUUUGACGUGGUCUGAACGAACCCAAAGUGUUUUAACUCAUUCAGACUCGAUCCAUCAUAUUUCAACAACUUCCAACACUGCCCAAAAGGCGACUGAUUGGCUUCAACUUGUGGUGUUCAACAGUGGUGAAUGACGUCCAUUAUAUAGGACCAUCAUAUUGUCCAUAUUGAUCAUCAUAUUGCCCAUAUUGUCCAUCAUUUUGCCCAUAAUGACCAUCGUAUUGACCAUAUUGACCAUCAUAUUGACCAUAUUGACCAUCAUAUUCGACCUGGUUCAACAGGGUCUAAGACGAAAUGCAAUCUUGAACAAACGGUGAGGUCUGUACAGUAAAAGUUACAAGUAAUAUUGCUUGGUGGGGGAAGGGUUCAGUUUGUCAUGGUGCCUAAAAUAGAUCCCGUUGGAACUAAGUUAAGCCUAACACAAAUACCGUAGAAAUACCAUUGAAGAGUGGAAGAUUUCAUUCGAACCGUCAGGAGAACAUUUUUAGUUUCCAGCAAGAACUAUACAUUGCUCUGUAGAAUAUUUUUUAAUAGUUUCUCAAUUUUUUGCAGUGAACGUUACAGAGGGAUCGUGGUACGUACUGAAAAGGGCAACGUAUCAAACGGAGGGAGAAGUUCAGAACCUUUUAUGGCUUCCAAAAGUUUCUUGCACUUCCUCGAGCAACACAGGACCUUGUGAUGACGGUGAAAAUUAAAUUCUUCUCAUUAUUGCAUCGCAUGUUUAACCCAGUUAAGACAAAGAGAGCAAUUCACAUCGAACCAUCAAUACGGGCUGCUGAAUGAAAACAUUCGCUUCCUCCGGUCCCACGCAAAAUCUCUGCUUUACAUCUCUAAAUGUCUGAGGAACGACUUCUUUUUCAAAAGCGGACCUAGCGAAAUUUGACUUGACGGCAACUGUGAUCACCAGCCGCAACUUUCUAUCCACUUGAGGUUUUCAAGCUUACUAGAGAGCAGGUCGUUUAUAAGUUCGAGAUAUACAUGAACAUGGCCGUUUUUAUUGUGCUUUCCCGGCAAACAAUUCGAAUUGUUCUUUCCCCGUUGAACAAAUCAAUGAUAACGAGAUAAAUUAAAUAAAUAAUUUAGUCAUUAGAUCUUGGAUUAUUUUUUUUAGGUUUACCAGCCGAGUUUCCCCCACUAUGUAGUGAUCCACUUUGCUUCGGGAACUACCUUUUUGUUGAAACUCAGUUUACGUCAUCCUCUGGUCGCAGCGCUUUGUUUGCGAGUCGAAAUGUCCGGCUUCACUCCGCAGGCUGUUGGGCGCCAAGUCCCACAGAUACAGCACCAUGGAUUGAGAUCAACGUUAGGUGGCUCACACUGAUAACACAGGUUGCAACCCAAGGUAGACCUGACAAUGAUGAAUGGGUCACACAAUACACUAUCAAGUCACGGACCUCUCAAAAUGAUCCUUAUCGUGACUUCCCCACUGAUGGGAAUCCCAAGGUAAGAUAUUAGAGACCUUUAGAUUCUAAGACAUGAACGAUUUAAUACGAGAACGAGAUUUUCUCAAUACUAAGUAGUGCGCGCGCGUAAACCAGUGUCAUUUGGGCGGGAAAUCGUGAUAGCCGUCGUCAUUCUACUACGAAUUUAAGCGAGAAUGUCGUAGUGGCGGGAAUCAGUGGAAAGAUCCUGUCAAAUGUUAGAAGUUUAUCUUUUUUUUGCAUUUUGACGUGUUUUUUCAAGUUGACGCAUUUAUUAGUUAAACAUUAUUUACCAACGAAAAUGAAUCGUGAAAUCUGUUAAUUCUUGACGCAAGCCGGAGGCUUAGUUUUGCUGCGUCUGUCAAUAAAAUAUCACCAAAAAAAACAGGCAGCAGAGUACUGGUUGAAUGAUAGAACAGUUACUGCACAAGUUUCAAGAAAAAGAAACUAUGCGUACCUUGCACACUAUACUUUUAAAACAACUGUCAAGAGAAUGAUCGAUUUUCUCCAACCUUUUUAUCUCUCUUUAGAUUUUUCAAGCGAACAGCGACAGAUCAACAGUGGUAUCGAAUUUUCUCUCAAUUACGGCAAAAUUUGUGCGGAUUUAUCCUCAAACAUGGUACAACUAUCCUUCUCUCAGGCUUGAAUUAUUUGGAUGCCGCAGAGGUAUUUGACACCGAAAAUAUUACUAACUUGCAUUUUUAAUAUCAAAUUGGGGACUCUAUGGCUUGUACGCGCGUACUGGGUAAUCCAAGUUCACUGGCUCUUGGGAACUCUCGCUAUGCUCGUAAAAUGUCGUUUGUUAAAUUAUUUUUCUUUUAACAAUCAGGCAAGGCCCGCACAAAUGCGUUUCGAUCCAUCGAAGUUCCGCGUCCUCAGUUAGGCGGUUUUGCAUUAGUUUUGACCGUCCGGAGGAAGCUGUUGAAAACACAUAUCUGACGAUGCAAAAUCUAUGUUAGGGUUCCUUCUGCACUUAAGGUAGCAUUUCAGAGCUCGAUAACCUAAGGGACCUCUUAGAAAGGCUGCUCUGCACUGUUAUCCCAUCUCAUCUUUCAAAGCAUUUUUACUUCUCUAUUACCAGAUGAAAGAAGCUAUAUCUAUGUGGAAUCUUCGUAUCCCAAAAAGCGAGGACAGAAGGCCCGAAUUUUGACUCUGUAUGCGACAGAAUCCCAUAAGUGUCUUUCAUUUCGGUACCAUAUGUACGGCUCAACCAUUGGUCGCUUGAAUGUGUACACUCGUGACCAUGGUGGACAAGAGACGUUGCUAUGGAGACUUGCUGGUGAUCAAGGCGAACAAUGGUAUUCAGCUAGUGUUCCAAUAGCAAGCAAACGCCCCUUUCAGGUACGAAAAGCCGUGGAAGUGUGAAUGGCAAGAUUUUGAGUCCUUUUUGGCCUUUUUUAUCUUAAAUGUCCGAUGAUUGAGGUUUCUUUUAAAACUCAUAAAAUGAUUCAUAAACAAUCUUUUUUUUCCUGUUUUUCUCGAAAUAUUACAAAGGUUAAAACGUUAAACAGCUCAUAAAAUCAGUAUCCAACGGAAAAAUCGGAAACUAAUUUUUAUCCAGUGGAUAGAGAUUUAUCCAGCGGAUAGCGUUGUCCACCUUUUGAACAACUGGGGCCAGAAUAUCAACCCCGUACUCCCACCCGAGAUUCACUUUGUUAUAUUCCGCAGGUUACCUUUUGUUUAUGGUUAUACAAAUGAUACAACUAUUGAUGAUAUACAUCUGGUAUUUUGCAGGUUAUCUUCGAAAAUGUAAUUGGUAAUGGUUAUACUAGUGACAUAGCCAUUGAUGAUUUAAGUCUGGGAGUCUCUGAUGAGUGUCCCUUGGAACCGCCAAAAGCGGCUACACAAGCACUGUCAGGUUUGUACGCUUCAUUUGAUGCAACUUGUUUUCUAAGCAAAGUUGUGUUUGUCGCCCUAUAUUGAGGAGCGUUUUAUCCGAUAUCCAGAAAUUAAGAAUUAAUUUAUCAAAUACACGAGGAGGAGUGUUCCACCUGAUAUCCUAAAACCGAGAAGAGUUGUGUCAAACACUAGAAGGAGUGUUUCAUCUGAUAUCCAAACACUGAGAAGUAGUAUAUCAAACACGAGAAGGAGUGUUUCAUCUGAAAUCCAAACACCAAGAAGUAAUAUAUCAAACACGAGGAGGGAGUGUUUCAUCUGAUAUUCAAACAACUAGAAGAUAGUUCGCCUGUAUUGGUAAUUAGUGAUGUCCUUUGUUUUCUCUUCAUGAAUUAUUAGUGCAUUUAAGUUUCUACAUGCAACCGUUUACCUGGCUAAUCACAGCUAUUAUUCUUUACCCGUUGAUUUCAGAAGUCUCCCUGCCAUAAGGUGGUGCUAACUCUCUUUCAAGUUUUGGGACCUGCGCGUUAUGAGAGAUCUUAGUGUAAAAGCUAAUCUCUAACUCGGCAUCUUAUAAAUAGAAGUUUUGGAGGUUUGAGAGGAAUCCUUGAAAACGUGAAGCCGUCUAUACUGAAUUUGAACAAGAUGUUCUAUACAUUUUAUCUGUAUAUAUGUUUUCUUCUUGUACAUGUAGGAAUCAACUCAUCGAUGCUUCAGAAUAGCCCAUUCUACCAGGACACCUUAAACAAAUGGUUGGCCGAGGAGGGACUGGGUAACGUGUACUGGGUUCCAUGCUUCCGCGCCAAUGCAGAUGGCUGGAAUGCAAGUAUUUUUCAGAAUCAGUGUGCUUUUAAAGCGGCCACCGUUUUUAUUAUCCGAAAACGCGAUUGUUUGUUUGGUGGAUUCGCCGAUAAACCAUGGAGUGGUAAGCUUUAACCUUGCCACGGUGUUAGUUCUACACCUGAAUUAGGGAAACGCUUUUGCGUUAUAGUAAUUUUUAUAUUUUGACUAAUAAUUUAGCGUACUCUUACUUCUAGCUUUGGGCGUUAGUACUUAUUUUUAUUCAAUACGCUUGGUGAACUUUUGUAAUUUAAGAAAUUGUAAUGUUUUUCUGAGGCACGCCCCUAUAGGAAACCGCCUCUUAUGUUGAAUUAGUUUAGCGUGAUUAAAUAAAGCUGAUUCUAUUCUAACCUAUCCCAUUCCAUUCCAUCCCAUACCAUCCCAUUUUAUCCUAUCCUAUCUUAUUCUACCCUAUCUUACUCGAGCUUACCCCAAGUUAUACGGCUGAACCGAGAGUAGACUGCGAACAGCCUCCUUUUUCUUCAGAUUUAGUGAGAGCAAUGCACGCGCUCGGGAGCGGGAAGCCUCUCCCAUCUCGCGCCAUCAGUCACGCGCGUGGCCAUUUGCGUGUCUCGUGUUUUGCUCGACGGACUACCGAAAAAAGAGAGACUGCUCGUAGUCUAAACCGAGAGAGACUAUCAUACAAAAGAAAUUAGUUUCUUUUCAAACCGAUUAGAUUGAACAUGUUUUUGAGGGGAUCAUACCCUUUUUCAUUGACAUUUCAAGAAAGUUGAAGUUACGAACCUACGUAUCGCUUCUACAUUUCUUCUGAUCUUGUUCAUUUCUUAUUGUUAGGUUCCGUCAGUGGAUUCAUACCAAGUAAGAAAGCUUUCCUGUUCACGCUGCAAUCCACAAUGGCGCAAAAUAUGGAAAGAAAGUUGAAUGUUUUGUCCACUAACAGGUCUUAUGCCUUAAACCGAUUACGGGGAGAAAUUCGAUUCGGGACCGACCUCGUAAUUAAUCUCAAAAAUGGGUCUGCCUUUUUUAACGUUGGAAACGUUUACAAAGGAAAUCGUUCAUUGUGUGAGUUUCAGGAUUCAGUUGUGGACUUAAGCGAUGUGGAAGUGCUUUAUCCCUUUGGUAUG